UAAGGUGCAGUAAAAGCACGGACUGUCAUAGCUGAAAGCAGCUUGACAAUUCAUAGAGCCAGUGGUUAACUCAGAGUGCAGAGUCGGGCAAUUCCAUCGCUACGAGCACAACCGCCUGACCCUCAAGAUAGCAGUAUCCACCAAGGCAAAACACAGCGACAACUUUCUCUGUUCUCCUAACCGACAGGCUCUCGAUGACUGAGAUAUUCUGUCUUGAGCACACGGUACCAGCCAGUAUAUUGCCUGGAGACAUUCAGCGGUUCUCCACCCCAACAUGGAGAUUUGACCCUUUCGUUCUGGCCUUAUCCAUCCAUAGAGUAAUCCGGAAGGUCACGUUUGAUUCUUCACUCCCUCGCAAGCGCAGUGUUUCCAAGACCACAAAUAGCGCAAUCACACGAGAUCUGUGUCGACGCCUCGAAGCUGGGAAAUAUGCGAGAAUCAAACAAAAAAAGAAACCCACUACAAGGCUUAUACCCCUGAAUAGCGAGCAAGAAAACCUCAGCG